AUGGCAUCCAAUCUAAAAUACACAGCUCGAGAAGUGUUAGACGCCUUCUACAAGGCGGAAAGAGAGUAUAUGGCAGCCGCGCCAGAAGACCGCGACUUUACUGGCAUCGCAGCCACGCUAGCCCCGAACGUUCGCAUGGAGCAAACGUCUGCUUUGCCGUACGCAGGAGUAUACGUUGGGCCCGAUGGCAUGCAGGACUGGACGCGGCGCAUGGCCGACUACUUUGACGUUGUUGACGUACAGAACCCGGAGAUUUUCGAGCGCCCAAAUUCAGACCGCAUCGUCGUCCUAUCGAAUGUCCACUUCAAGGUACGCAGUACUGGCCAGGAGAUGGAUUUCCCUUUCUGCCAGUCAAUCACGGUAGAUCUGGAACGAGGCGUGAUCGUCGAACUGAGACCGUUUUACUGGGAUGUCGCGGAGGUGAAUAAGGCUUUGGGACAUGGGCAGUGA